GACUUUGUCCUGUGAACUUCGUCGCGCUGGAAAGUCCUUUGAAAUUUUCACAUUUCUCCUUUUUUGGUGUGAGUGCUACGAGUUUUGUGUGCGCGCUUGUGUGUGUCUGUGAGUGUGUGAGUUUGUGUGUGUGUGUGUCUGUGUAAGGGCGCCAAGUUGUGUCGGUGAGACUUUAGCCACCAGUAAACAACAACAAAACAGAGACAUUGACAAAAAAAAAAGGAAAAGGACAAAGGACAAUUGAGCCUGCGGCCAGGGAAACCGCAAUCAAAAAUUGUAAACAAACUCCGGAAAUUGAGAAAAAUCAACAAAGGAAAACGACGCCGCCAAGUAGGCAACGAUUCCGCUGCUAGCCAACAUGGAAAUGGACGUUAAUCGCCCGACCGGCCGCCAUGGCAACCUAAUGACCAUUUCCGCCCGUUGCUCCAACAACAACGAGCAGGCCGUCCUAGCACGUCACGCCACGACAUUGGCAGGAAGUGAGCCAACUUCCGGCGGCUGUUGCGGCAUCUUGAGCCGCCUUUUCUGUGUGAGCCGCCAUAAGGCCACCCAAUCGGUGGCAGGCACCGGUGAUCCCCUUUCCCAGUUGCAACUGCAGCGCAAAGGAGCCGCAACAACAACAGCAGCUGCUGCUGCCAUUUCCGGCCAACGACGCCGACGCACGCCGCAGGAAAUCUACUUCGAGAGUCGCGGCAAGUCCUGCAAGAAGCUAUUGAAAUUCAAUGGUAAUUCCAACAAGAUAUUGCUGUACCCCGAGGAGGGCUGGGCGAGGACGGCAUCGUCCAGUUACUGGACCAUCACGCCCUGCUUUUGGCAGCCCAAUCGCUGCCGCAUCGUGGAGUGCUCCGGAACCCAGCGGCGUGCGACAAAAGCACGGAUGUUGCCGCUGGAGCAGCAGGGCUCCCUCCUGAUUGCCGGACACUUUCGCCGGACAACGUCCACGGGCGGUGGGGCCUCAUCGCCGGCGGGGGGCGGGGCACCGGGCUCCAGAUCGGUGGCUGCCACGCCCACACCUGCAACUCCUGCCACUGCAAAUGCGGGGGCAGCCGCAAUCCGGACGGGGGCAAUGGGCUGUGACAAGUCACAGCCCGCGUGGAACGACGAGUUCAAGCUGUAUCUGACGUCCAACAUCUCGAUGGAGGACUACAACAUGGGCUACUGCCUCACCGGAUUCGUGGAGCGCCGCUGCCAGGUGACAAACACCUUCCAGAUGACUCACUUUGCGGUCAUCAAGCGCCAGUGGCCACCGUCGCCGUCCAAUUUGGGCAACUCCUAAGGCCCCUGAGACACACCCACUUUUGUAAUUGUGAUCCGAUCUUUUGUUCCGAAUUGGAAGCAAAAUGAAAUUAUAUAAAAACGAAUCUAGCUGUUUUCAUUUUCAGAGAGUUUGAGGAAAUUUAACUAGCGAAAUAUUUGCUUAUUUACAGCAAGCCAAUUAUAUUAAACUGCUUUUCCAAAAAAAAUUACAUUUGUUUAUUUAAAUUUUAAAUUAAAUUUUAAAGCUUCAAAAAUCAUAUGAAACUUAAUUUUUUGAGUACUUAGAUUACUACUUUUCUAUUGUUUGUUGUUGUAUCAAAAUGUUUGAAGGUGAAAACAGCUACAUAUCUUAUAGAUACCAUUUAAGUUGUUAGCAUUUAAGUAGAGCCAAAUCUUUGUUGUGCAAUCUUGAACUAAAAUCAAAAGAAACUUUGGAAAAAUCUAUAGACAAUGUAAAAAUAAAUUUCGGAGGCCUCAGAAACCGAUAGCCACUAGAUCUUAAAGCUUAGUAAACUAAUGACACAAAGAAUCUUUAAGGGCGUACAGCAUUUGCUCUAUUUAAACGAAAUUUCCUGCAUGUUUAGUGCGUAAAUUGUAAUUUUAACUAAAUGUGCAAGAGAAAACCGAAAAAAAUACGAAAACUAGGAAACCAAAACAAAAACAAAAACUUAACGUGUGCUUUCAGUGUUGUGUAUUAUGAAAAAAGGAAACAAACCGAAAAAACAAAGUACUAGUAACUGUUAAAUGCUAAACGAAACUUAAUCGCUUUGCCAGCUCACACACAAACACACACAGGCACCACCCCACACACUCGCACACUUCAGCUUGGGCAGCUACUUAAUGCUUCAAAAAAGUGCAACAAAUUGAAACUUGUGCUUGUCGAAGCAUGUGAUUGUGAGUGCUCCACUAUAAGCUGCUAUAGUAUAUUUACGAGCCUGUGUGCGUAUUCGAGUAAUGGUGUGUUCGGGGGUCUGUGUGUGUGUGUGAGUGUGUGAGUGUGCUGGUACUCUUUUCUACUACAUACAAAUAUGUACUUUAACGGCCAUGUUUGCGAAACCUAUUGCCUUUAAGCUUUAAAAUAUAAGCUCAACUGAACGCAGGCAAACAAGUCAACAGCUUCGAGCGAUGGCCAUUGGCACUAAACAGCAGUUUAAUAACAACUGAACAUCAAACUCAAUUAUUUAACGAGCUGCUUAGGAACAACAAACAUUACUUGAAUUUGAACAAAACAAUUUCAUUUUCUGCAGGUUGCAUGGUCACACUGCGCCUGAAGUAUUUUUCUUUGUGGCUUGGCCACACCGCACGGCAAAUAAAAUUAUUUUCAAUUGAUCUUUGUGGUCUAGUUCUGUAAUAAAUUAAAAGUACUGCUGAUUAGUGUCACCAGCCAUUGAGCCAAGCCCAUAAACGAAGUUUGCCAAUUCUACGCUAAUCUAAGAAACUAAGCCCCCAAAUCUAUCUAUCUCUCUUUAACCAACUCACCCACUGACCCACACAUGCUACGGCUCUGUCCCUCUCAUUCACUCACUUUGAGCAUGAUACGCAACGUAUAUCAACAAUUCGUCCAAUAAUUGGAGACUUUCGGCGCCACAAAUUGCCAAGUGUCAAAUUGGCAAGGCCAGAGCUCCAAUUGCCAAAAACCCUAAGUGUUAAAAAACAAUGAAACCAAAACGUAAAGAAAACCAAAGCUAAGUCAAAACUCAAUGUAGUCUAAGUGAUAGUUUAAAAAUCAAUAUUUACAAGCUAGAAAAUAAAUCUAUAUAUAUAUAUAUAUAUAUAUAUUUGUGUGUAGGCUGAACAUUUUUUCGUAUAUAUCGGUGUAUUUAUAUAACUGUAUUGCGAAUACAUAUACAAUAACAUUUUUGCUGUAGUUCGCAUAGCUCGCUUUUAGGCGCUUUUACACGCAAGCGAAUAAGGCCGACAACCUCUCGAAUCUCUUAUUUGCUUCAGACAGAUCUCCCUGCCACCUUACUCCUAAAACUAAUUGAUAUUUAAGUAUCAGGUACCUGCCAGAAUCAACAACAACAACAACAAAAACAACCAAAUAAACAAGAAAAAUAUGAAUAUACAUAAAUAUUUAUUGAGCAAUUAUGUCUGUGCAAAUAUUUGUGUCCAUUUUAAUUAGAAGAAAAACACUAAAAACACUAAAAAAUUGGAAUUAUUUUUUAGAAAUCACUGAUAAAUCGAAAAACCCUAUCCACUUACACACACGCAAAUCGAUGUCGUCUCCCCCAAAAUUGUAUAAAUGUUUGUUAGUGUCAGAUUCUUGCUCUCUGUGUGUAGCAAAUUUUUCUGCGCCUAUGCUUAACAAAAAACAAACAACAGACACGAAUUCAGCUUCAAGCUGGAUGUCCAACACUUAAAAACAAAUCGAACAAAAACACGCAUGAGCUUUUUUGUAGUUCUAUUUAAACAUUUUUAAAUAGCAAAAACAAGUCAAAACGAUAAUCCCGUGCUGCGUGAGCAUUGGGAAUUAAUUAAUAUUAAGCUUCUAUCGAGUUAAGCGAUGUAAACGAGCAUAAUUAGUCUAAAACAGAGAUAAGAUUAAUUGGUAGAAAAAACGGCAAGUUAAAAUACAAAUCAAAUCAGAUGGAAAUGAAAAUGCAAAUGAAAAUAUAAAUAUAAAUCGAAAUCAAAUACGUCGAUGUUAAUGCAACUGCAUAAAUCAAAAGAGAAUAAAUCGUCAGCAAAUGCAAUUUAAGCCGGCAGUGGAAAUCAGUAAUGAAAAUAAAUACCCCAGAGGUUGGUAGAAUGCCAUUGAAAAUGAGAAAUCAAAACAUUGAAAAUAAAGAAAGAAAGCAGAUAA